AACAUGCGCAGUAUGUUUCUGCCAGCUUGAAUACGCAAUAAUUUCUACCCCCACACCUCCACCUCCAAAUCAAAACACCUUUCUUUCUUUCUCUCUCUCUCUAAAAAGACUAGACAGUCUCUCCCCAUAGUACAGCCUUAAUUAUUGUCUGAAAAAACAGUUUACUCUCAUCAAUUCAUUCAUUUCUGCUUCCAUUCCAUUCCAAACAAGCAAACACUGAAAAAACAACCGAAAAAACAAAGAAAACACUUCAAAACAUGUCAUCAGACGAGGAGUCAGGCGAAGAGUACCUAUUCAAGAUAGUGAUAAUAGGAGACUCAGCAGUCGGCAAAUCCAACUUGCUCUCUCGCUACGCUCGAAACGAGUUCAACAUGCAUUCCAAGGCCACCAUUGGCGUCGAGUUCCAAACCCAAGUCAUGGAAAUCGACAACAAAGAAGUCAAGGCUCAGAUUUGGGACACUGCUGGCCAAGAACGCUUCCGUGCUGUCACUUCUGCUUACUAUCGUGGUGCUGUUGGUGCUCUCAUUGUCUAUGAUAUCAGUCGCCGCUCCACUUUUGAUAGCAUUGCUCGCUGGCUUGAUGAGCUCAAAACUCAUUCUGAUACAACUGUGGCAAUGAUGCUGGUGGGGAACAAAUGUGAUUUGGAGAAUAUCAGGGCUGUGAGUGUUGAGGAAGGCACAACCCUUGCAGAAGCAGAAGGAUUGUUCUUCAUGGAGACAUCUGCCUUAGAUUCGACAAAUGUUAAGAAGGCUUUUGAGAUUGUUAUUCGAGAAAUAUACAACAAUGUCAGCAGGAAGGUCUUGAACUCCGAUACUUACAAAGCGGAAUUAUCUGUCAACAGGGUAAGCCUUGUUAAUAACGGGAGUGAUGGAAAGCAAAACCCAAACAUGUUUUCUUGCUGUUCCCGGUAAAGUGUACAAGUUGAGGGCUUCUGGUUGGUCUGUUAAUUCGAUUUGGUUGGUUGGUUGGUUGUUUGUUUGUUUCAUUUUGUGAUUACCAAAAUAGAGAUGAAAUUGUUAUAUCUUUGAUUAAAGUAAAUCAAGAUGUCAAUUUUUUGUAUUUUCAAUACAGGAAGUAUGUAACUGCACAAAAUAAAGUGGACAGUAUAUUCUUUUAUCCUCUAAAAUAGUGUCUAAGAUAAUGUAAUGCUUCAUGGGAAUGUUAAUUGAGCUACUGGGUUUGUUAACAUUUUCUCUAUUUGCAGCAGUUGGAUGCUGAUUUUAUUCAAACAAAGCAACUAAGCAAGUUAUGAUAA